AUGUCGUCGUCACUCGCUUCACUUCUGAAGCAAACUCACCUCGACGACCACGAAGAGGUCCUCAAACAGGCCAAUGCAGCGCUGAAGCAGUCCAAGGGCGAUCUGGAAGCGCAGCAUGUGAAGGUUGUGGCGCUGCUGAAGCUGGACAGAUACGAAGAUGCAUUGACGGCACUGGACGCUGGCGGCGAGAAACUGAACGAGAGGGCAACUCUCGAGCACGCAUAUGCGCUGUACAAGAGCGGAAAACCGGCAGACGCAGCCGAGCUGGCACACAAGAACUCGCAAAGAGGAUCGCAACAUGUUGAGGCACAAGCAAGAUACCGCACUGAGGAUUUCGCAAUAGCUGCGGAUCUGUACAAGGAGCUUUCCUCAAGCCGGGGAAAUGAUCUUGAGGCUGAUCUGCGCAUCAACUCAGGCGCGGUGGACGCUCAGCUAGAGUGGUCAGGACGUGGAGAUCUGGUACAGAAGAAGAAGCCUGGACGAGAAGACCUGGACGCCUUUGAGACCGCAUACAACGCUGCGUGUGGGAGCAUAGCACGUGGUGAACUCGGCCAAGGCGAAGUGCUGCUCAGACGAGCAAAGGACCUAUGCAAUUCUCUCGAGGACAUGAGCGAUGAGGAGAAGCAGACUGAGCUUCUCCCUAUCACUGUUCAGCACAUCUACGUACUCUCAAGGCUAGGACGAAUCGAAGAGGCGGAGGCUCUGGCUCAGCAUCUCAAGGCUGAGGACAUCGCAGAUGCUAUCACACGGCACAUUGCCAAGAUCAACAACGUCGCCCCCAAACACGAUGUCAAUCCAUUUCUUGCGCAACGGCUGGUGACCACGGAUCUGGACUCGUUCAAUCCUGACUAUCCCUUCCAGUACCAGUCCACGAUUUUGAAACGGAAUCAGUACGCUUCGGAACUGCAAGCUCUGAAAUACAGGGGUACUGCCGAUUCAACAGCCAGAACUUUAUCACAACAAUCACUUCCGACAACUAACCCUUUCUACACCUCACUAUCUGUCGUCAACGCAGCGGCGCACGCCAAGGGUCAGGCUGGGAAGGAGGCUAUCAAGCAAAUUUUAUCUGUCUUGGAGAAGCGACCAAGCGACGUUGGCCUCAUCCUGACCAUUGCACAGCUCUAUGUGUUGACUGGAAACGCAAACCUGGCGCUCACCCUCCUAGAAAGCUUUCUCAGUCGACUCGAGCAGUCCACAAAUUCUACGGAGCAGGACGUACGCUUUGCACCUGGUCUUGUGGGCGCAACUGUGAGCCUCUACGACAGCCAAGGUCGAACAUCUCAAGCCCGCAACGAGCUAGCCAAGGCGGCUCGAUACUGGCGGCGAAAGCCCAAAGAGCGACCUGCUGGCCAUGUACACUUGUUCAAGGCGGCGGGAAGCGCGCUCUUGGAGUCCACGGCCCCCGAGGACAUCAAAUUAAGUCGCGAAAUCUUUGAAGAGCUCCACAAUGCCGACAAAAACGACAGAUACGCCGCUGCCGGCCUUUUGGCGGCAUCACCAGAUGAGGCGUCGGACAGCCAGAUAAAAUCGCUGACCCCGAUAGAUCGAUUGGUCAGUGGUAUUGAUGUUGAUGCGCUUGAGAGCGCUGGCAUAGCUCAACCGCCCUCUACCAUUUCUGCGACUACCACUAAGAAGCGACCUGCCCCCGAGCCGAAGCAGAAGAAGGCCAAGAAGAUACGGAAGAGUCUGAUACCCAAAGACUACGAUCCGAACAAGAAGCCAGACCCUGAGCGAUGGCUACCUCUACGAGAUCGCAGUACCUACAAGCCCAAGGGCAAGAAGGCGAAGGCAAGACAGGCAUUGCACAGCCAGGGUGCAGUUGGCAAUGACAGCGAAAACAGCCGGCCAGCGACACCAGCAGCUGAUGUUGUGAAGCAGAAGCAAGGAGGCGGUGGAGGUGGCAACAAGAAGAAGAAAGGCAAAGGCGGAAAGUGGUAG